AACCGAUUACCGAACACCAACCUUGCCAUUCCUCUCAUAAUAGCAGUAGGCAUUUUCGCCAGCUAUAAAUAUCUCGUAUCUUUGUCCUCAAUACCCGCAGAUCCUUAUUUAUUUAUUUUUAUUCAAAAAUGGUGAAUGUCGUAGCUAUACAGCAGCCAUUGCUACACUUUCUCAUGAAAAUGGCCGGAGUGAAAAAACACCUGGUACAAAUUAACCCAGGUACCGUCAUGAACUUUUGGAUCCCUUCCGAAACCCUCAACAACCCGAAAAACAACAAAACCAACCCAACCUCCGAAACUGACAGUAACGUAGCGAGACCAAACAAGCCUGUGAUAGUCCUCAUCCACGGCUUCGCAGCCGAAGGCAUCGUAACAUGGCAGUUCCAAAUCGGUUCCCUCACAAAAAAAUACUCUGUUUACGUGCCAGACCUUUUAUUCUUCGGUGACUCGAUAUCGGAUAGCCCGGAUCGAUCACCGGCCUUUCAAGCCGAGUGUGUGGUGAAAGGACUUGAAAAAUUGGGAGUCGAGAGAUGCACGGUGGUGGGGUUUAGUUAUGGGGGCAUGGUGGCGUUCAAGAUGGCCGAGAUGUAUCCGGAGUUUGUGGAAAAUAUGGUGGUUUCGGGGUCGGUUUUGGCGAUGACGGAUUCGAUUAGUGAUGCGACGCUUGAGAGCUUGGGGUUUGGUUCGUCUUCCGAGCUGUUGUUGCCGACUUCAGUGGAGGGACUCAAGGCGCUUUUUUCAGUUGCGGCGUACACGAAGUUUUGGUUUCCGAAUAGAGUUUACAAGGAUUAUCUUGAGGUGAUGUUUAACAACAGAAAGGAAAGAGCGGAGCUACUUGAAGGUCUGAUAGUUAGCAACAAAGAUACAAUCGUCCCCAUAUUCAACCAGAAAAGAAUACAUCUUCUGUGGGGCGCGGAUGAUCAAAUUUUCAAGUUCGAACUUGCCAAGAAUAUGAAAGAGCAACUAGGCGAAAUGGCGACAUAUGAGAGCAUAGAGAAAGCAGGGCACCUGGUUCACUUAGAAAGACCCUGUGUGUACAAUAAGUGCCUCAAGCAGUUUCUUGAUUCGCUGCAAAACACCCAUGCACAGUAGUCACGAAUGAUAUCCUGAAUGCUCCCAUAUCUAUAUAUAUGUAUCACUCCCUUGUUUCUAAAGAAAAUUGUGGACUCCAUAUCUUUAUAAUUUAGGCUACAAUUCGUACCUGAAUUCACUACUACUCCUGGCUGGAGUAAUUCAUAUUAGGAACAAUAUUUGUUAGAAGAAAGGAUCUCUUUUAAACUUACACAA